UAUGAUGCAGUAGGAUACGGACUGACUUCGUGUUAACCAGUGGAAACUGUCGGCUUAUUCCACUAAACCGUUCGCACACCUAGCCACUUGUUUAAAAAGCGAUUCCCUUGAAAAUAAAAUCGGUUACAAAAGAUGAAGUAUGUGUAACGUAAACCUGGGAUAUAGCUGCGUGCCACCCCGAGGAAGCUUUCGUGUUCACCGGUUUAUCCAGAAGUUGAACUCCCAGUACCAUGGAUGCUGAGGGAUAUAGAAAUGAUUUACACUAUGCAGAAGCAGAGCCCCAUUGGCAUAUGAUGCAGAAAUCAGGAGAUCUGGAUCAGAGGAGCAGAGAUGGUGAGGGAUGGAAGCUGGUGGAUGUAUUUCUUUCAGGAGGUGCACCAUGGGGAUUUACACUCAGAGGUGGACUCGAGCAUCGAGAGCCACUGCUCAUAACCAAGGUUGAGGAGGGCAGCAAGGCAGCAGCCGUGUGUCUCCAGGUGGGAGACGAGCUUGUCAACAUCAACGAGAUUCCCCUGAGUGGCUACAGACAGGAGGCAAUCUGCCUCGUGAAAGGCUCCCACAAGACCCUCAGUCUGGUGGUGAAAAGGCGGAACGAACCCAUAAGCAGGCCUCACUCCUGGCACUCCACCAAGUUCAACGAAAGCCAAUCAGAGACUGCCAAAACACAGUCUCCGCCCACGCCAGUCUGGCACACCAGAUAUGAUGCAAGUUCAUCCUCAACUGACCUCUCCUCUGGAUGGGAGCAGACAAACCUGCGCAGAGUGUCCGACCAGUUCAGCUCUCUUGGCAGUAUGGACAGUCUAGAACAUGUCUCUCACCCGUACCCUGCCGGUCAGCUGUCACCUGCCAAGUCUAACAACAGUAUGGAGCACCUCGGAGGAGGGAAGCGAGACUCAGCCUACAGCUCUUUCUCCACCAGCUCUGGCACACCAGACUACACCCUCUCAAAGAGCAACGCUGCCUCAACAGAGAACGUGCUCUAUAAAGUGAGCCAGUGGGACGCAGGUGGAAAGCACAGCAAUGGUCGAAACAGCCAGAGCCUGACUGAGGGAGGCAAACAGGACGAUAGGGUCACGUACUUUCAGAUGCCAGGAGUUGGGAGUGCAGGUUCUGAGGGUCCGCAGGUUGAGGAUCCAGCUGGUUCCCGCCAUUCUACUUCAAGUAGAACCAGCUUUGGACCUGUUUGGCAUGUCCCUGAGAAAAAGAAGACGGCAUCCCCAUCCCCUCCCCCACCCCCUCCACCUGCACGCAGUGACAGUUUUGCUGCGACUAAGGUACAUGAAAGGGGGCUCGUUACAGCUCACCCCGAAGGGCCUGAUUCACAUAUCCCCUGUAAGGCUUCCGCUGAAAACCGCCGCAGCCACAACCUCUCCAUGAAAAACGACAGCGACAGUUUUUACUCUUCAUCUGAUAAAUCUAGCCACAACCAGUUCAGCUCAAACAAGCAGUGCUCCCUGUCCAGCAGUGAUGUCCGGCAGGGCCAGCCUUACCAUCAAAGACACCAUAGUGACAUAAGCACUUUUUAUUCUCAGCCCUGGGCUACGUCAGUACCAAAGCUGCAGAACGUAGGUGGCUACCACUGUAGCAUGCAAGAGCUGCCAACUAACGGUUCUGCACAACACUUUGGUCAGAACCAGAGAAGGAACUUUAGCACCUCCCUGUCUCCCACAGCCACUGACCAAAACACCGACAGCAGUGGACCUAGCCGAUAUUACUGUGUCACAACAUGCCAGCCCACGCAGCCUAACGCCCAGCUGAUGUCAGGAAAACCAGAGGACAGGAGGAGUGUCACGGGCGUAGACCUGGCACAGAGUGGAAGUGAGCAUACUUCUCUAAGCCCACAGACAGUCACCAAAGUGAAGUAUCACCUGCCCCAGCAGCACUCCUCACACGGUAAAGACAGUAAUGGAUACAACAAGCACAGAGUUACCACUGUACCAGAAACCCCUGUACCGAAACCUAGCUGUGACGAUAUGGGAAGCCAGAGAGGACACAACACACAAAAUGCAGAAGCUCAGUACGUGAGUUACCCUCCUACCAGACAAUCUGAACAGCGAAGGUCUCUGCCGGUACAAACCAGAGAAAUACCCCCAGACGGAAGAUAUCACAGUCAAGCGAGCAACAGAAUCAGCCCCCAGGCAACCCCCAUGCUGCACUCUCUGUCCAUGGAUGCUGCAGGCCAAAAUGAUAAGACAAGAGGUCCAGUCUCGGAGGAGUCCCUCGAAAGCAAGCAGGUAAAACGCAGUGAACGUUUCGCCACAACGUUAAGGAAUGAAAUUCAGAUGAGACGAGCCAAGCUGCAGAAGAGUAAGAGUGCAGCUGUCCUUCCCAGUGCCGAGGGUGAUACUGAAGAUCAGGAUGUCUGGAAGUCCCCUGAAAGCACCACCCCAACUUCUGCAGAUGGAUCCUUCACCAACACCUACAAGGAUCAUCUGAAGGAAGCACAAGCGAGGGUGCUCAAGGCUACGUCUUUCAGGAGGAAAGACCUGGAGCCCGUCUUAGUGGAGAACCCUGCAGCGGAGGCCCUACCUAACUACCCAUCCUCAGCGCUGGCCCGUAAAGAUGUCAUCCCUCUGCCAACUGUCACAGAAUCAGUAAUGAGUAAAUCAGGGCCUGCUGCUGGUCAGGUAACUCGAAUUGGAGGCCGGAAGCGUUUUCCUGCAGAAAAGAAAGUAAGGUCUUUCUCUGAACCAGACAAAAUCCACGAAGUUGGGGUGCAAGAAGAUCUCUCCGGCAAUGAAAAUACAAGCUCCUCACUAGACCGACAGAAGCUCUUCAAAGAAAGCGGGAAACCCGGGUUCCCCAUUAACGUGCCCCCUCAAAGCUUUACAGAGAACCAAGGCCAAGAUCUUGCCUCCAUCAGUGCAACAGGAGACCCAAUGAAAGGGACCAGGAGCAGAGAGUACACCGAGGAGGCCCAGAGAGUUCCCAACCCUGCACACAAACAGUUCGUCCUAGACCAGCAAAGACUAGACACCUUCGCAGAGUAUGAGGCAGGGUGGAAUAUACAGAAGAAACCCCCAGAAACAAGAACCUCUGGACGGUACCGGUCAGCAGAUAACAUCCUUGAUCCGGGACCAGAGGAGAGAACCAAAACCACCUGUUUCCACGAGAGAUCCAGAUCCUCUCCUUCAGCUGACAUCUAUGGGCAGAAGAUUCCAGUUCCUACAAGACAGUUUGAGACUGAGUUUUCCCAGACAGAGAGAAAACCUGCUGAACCGCUGAGCACUGCUACAGGGUUCUCUGACAGAGGGCCCGGUGACUGCAAAGUGAGAGAAAAGCCAGUGGAGUUUGAACAAUACUCAGCGCCACCCCCUCCGCCCAUGACAGGAGCCAACCCCGACUGCAGACACAGAGCUGCUCCAACCACCGUGAACCACAGACCCACCUCUGUCUCUCACAGUCUCACAGAGUCUGCCCUCCCUCAGCCUGGGGACCGCAGCCACGACGAGCCACCGUCUGGACCCCGGAGGAAGCCCACUGCACUGGAGAAGCCUCCCCCUCCCAGAAGCCCAGAGGUUGACUCCCACGAGUCCUUCACCAGUUCCCAGAGGGAAGUCUUCACCCAGGCCUCUCCUAACACUGAUCCUAACUCCGCCUUUGUCCCCACCCACUCUGCAAAGGGAGAUUCUGAGCAGGGCAAAGGACUUGUGGACAAAGGACAAGGGGCAGUACAUUAUCUGUCAACAUCCAAUCCUCAGCCUGCCUCCUCUCCCCCAGCGUCCUCCUACAGACCUUCAGGGCUGGCCAGUAUGGAGGGACAGCGAUCGCCGUCUCCACAGUUUUCCCCACAGAGACUGAGCGACAAGCCUCCCGUCUCUGUGCAGGAUGAAGACUCGGACAGGAUGGAGAAUGUGAUAGAAAGCCAAAAUCCUGCAGUGAAGAAAGUGCCCAUCAGGAUUGUCCACUCAGAGGGAGCCACAGAGAAGAAGAAUUGUCCUUUUUUGCAGCACAGUGAGUCCCCUGCUGUGGACGCUGAGGGUCCCGGUGUGAACAGGCUCGGCAGUCUGGGAGCUGCAGGGCAGGACUCCGUCUUCUGUGCCUUUACUCGGCACAGAGAGCCCGACGGUCUACCAGCUGCUCAGACAGACCCGAAGCUCCAGAGAGACACGUACAUGACCACUGUCAGAGAUCACAUCAGCCCCAGCUGUCAGCAGCCACCACAGCCCACAGACGAGCCCGGCAGCAACAGGACAGCUGUGACCGCAGGACUGACUGAGGAGGACCAGAAGAGAGAGGAGCUGGCCAGGGACAUCAUGGGGAAGGACAAGUCGCUAGCUGAUAUUCUAGAUCAGAGCAAGAUGAAGACCACCAUGGACUUGAUGGAGGGUAUCUUCCCUCAGGGGGAGCAGCUGUUGGAAGAAGCUCACCAGCGCAGGAAGGUGCCUUCAAAGCAGACAGCGUCCCGGCCUGCUGAGGAAAGAGAUAAGGAGGACACAAUGGCAGCAGCUGUUACCAUGGUGACCAGCUCUACGUAUUACAGCACAUCUGCUCCCAAAGCUGAACUCCUUAUCAAGAUGAAGGACAUGCAGGAGCAGGAGCAGGAGGAGGAAGACUCCGAAGACGAACUGGACAUUGAUCUGGCCAACAAGAAGCAAGAGCUGAUCGACAGCCUCAGCAAGAAGCUCCAGGUGUUGCGGGAGGCCAGGGAGAGUCUACAGGAGGACAUCCUGGACAACAACGCCCUGGGAGACGAGGUGGAGGCCAGAGUCCAGCAGGUCUGCAAACCCAACGAGCUGGACAAGUUCAGGAUGUUUGUCGGGGACCUGGACAAGGUGGUGAGUCUCCUGCUGUCGCUGUCGGGCCGCCUGGCCAGAGUGGAGAACGCCCUCAACAGCCUGGAGGAGGACGCUACUGCUGAGGAGAGGCGUACGUUGGUGGAGAAGAGGAAGCUGCUGAUCCGACAGCAUGAGGAUGCGAAGGAGCUGAAGGAGAACCUGGACCGUCGGGAACGUGUCGUUUAUGACAUACUGGCCAACUACCUGCAGGAGGACAGCCUUACAGACUACGAGCACUUUGUCAAGAUGAAGUCUGCGCUCAUCAUUGAGCAGCGCAAGCUUGAGGACAAAAUCAAACUGGGCGAGGAGCAGCUCAAGUGUCUGAUGGACAGCCUGCCAGUCGAACAGAGGCUGUCCUUCUGAAGGAGUUGGCCACUGUCUUUGAAAUGGCUCAAAACUCUCAUGAUGAAGACCGAUAAUGUUGCUUCAGGCUGCAGUUGAGCCCUGUGUCCAGUAGAUGGAGACAGAGACGAGAACCUGCAGAGACAAAGCGCCUGUUUGCAACAGGGACGGAGACAUUUUUUCAGUUCACGUCUCCUGAAGUGGACUCACAGCAUCCAUAUGUAACUCCUUUGUGAAAGAUGCUGCUUUUCCUGGCAUCAACCGACAACCACUGUAUCUAAACUCUUUCAUGCCAUUUUUUGCUGUUUUUAUUUUAUGUUUUUGGCUUUUUUUCUUUUUUUUUUUUAGUAAUUUAUUGUAGCCUUUUGAAUCUGCGCAGGAGGGGACAGUAUUUUAUCUUCAACUGAUCUGAGCAGCCGUGCUACCUGACGUGUGUCACACACUGAGCAACUACAAGUAUUUAUCAUGUUUGACGUUGAAAUAAUUUCACGCUCUGAAACCCUUUUCACCUAAUCACCAUAAAAUCUGGCCAAAUAUUUCAGUAAACUCAGAACCUUUUAUUAACGUUUCUAUAUAAACUAGUGGCCUUUUACUAAGAUUUACGUGCCCUCACUCUCCUCACGGAAGAAACGUUUCUUCUGUGAUAAACAAGGUAAAGACAGAAGGAUGUUAGUGCAGCUGCCCUGCGAAUGUUCUGGUCAUUUUAAAGAGCACUUGUUCAACUUCACUGAACAGAAGAAGCACUUCACAUCCAGAGUGGCCAGGCGCAGUCCUCCACGCCACCGCAGACACCGCUCGGUCUUUAAUCCGCUUGUGCAUGUUUCGUCCGUCAGAAAAUGGUGUUUAGUUUAUGAUUUUGCCACAUGUAAGAUGAGCAGGUGCUCCUGUAUUUUGUCCUAUUACUCCACUGUGUUUUCUUAUUCACGGUGCAGAUGUUUCCUACAUAGUUACCACAGAUGUUACUUGACUUCUAGAUAAUUUCAACACUAAAAAUUGUUCAGGUUGAUCAUUUUGCCAUCCAACGAGAUCGUUCCAAAGCAUUUUGACCAGCUUGAACUUGAGUCUGUCACUUGUCUAAAUUUCAGACUGUAAGGAUUAAAUCAGCUUCCCAGAGGUGAAGCCUGCUGGAGGACGUUUGCGUAUGUUACAGUCUGAGGCGCUUCAUGCACUGCUACAGCCUAACACUUUAUCAGCUGCGCUUCUUUAUGUCAGAAUAAAGAGUCUG